CCCGGCGCGCGUGCGCGCUGGCGCCGCCGAGCGCUGACAGGGGCCGAGCCGCGAGCCCGACCAGGGCUGGCACCGAGGUGGCGGCGGCGGCGGCGGCGGGGCAGAAUUCCCAGCAGCAGACAGCACAGAGGAGACGAGGUCAACAGCUGUCACCUCUGAGCUCUCAUCACCUGAAAAAUGGCAAAAGGAAGUCUAGGUCUAGGGCAGAUGUUUCUGGACCAGAUGAAGCUUGAGGAGCCUUCCAGCUUUAAGAUAUUAGGAUAGGAAAUUCCCAAGUCUGGAUCUGCAGAAGACUUGCCUGUCCUCUCCGCACCAUGUCAGGAAGCCACAUACCUUCUGCCAGCGGCCCCUUCUCAGCCCUGACUCCAAGCAUGUGGCCCCAGGAGAUCCUGGCCAAGUACACGCAGAAGGAAGAGGCAGUGGAGCAACCAGAGUUCUACGACGAGUUUGGGUUCCGCAUGGACAAGGAAGAUGCAGAAGGUGCCCCCUGCCCGGGCCAGCUGCUGGAGGACCCCCCGCAGAGGCUGCGCUGGCAGGCCCACCUGGAGUUCACCCACAACCACGACGUGGGGGACCUCACCUGGGACAAGAUUGCUGUCUCCCUGCCGCGCUCAGAGAAGCUCCGCUCCCUGGUGCUGGCCGGCGUCCCCCACAGCAUGAGGCCGCAGCUGUGGAUGCGGCUCUCCGGGGCCCUGCAGAAGAAGAGGAACUCCGAGCUGUCCUACCGAGAGAUCGUGAAGAACAGCUCCAACGACGAGACCAUUGCUGCCAAGCAGAUUGAGAAGGACCUGCUCCGCACCAUGCCCGGCAACGCCUGCUUCGCACACGUGAGCAGCGUGGGGGUGCCGCGCCUGCGCCGGGUGCUCCGCGCGCUGGCCUGGCUCUACCCAGAGAUCGGCUACUGCCAGGGCACCGGCAUGGUGGCUGCCUGCCUCCUGCUGUUCCUGGAGGAGGAGGACGCCUUCUGGAUGAUGUGCACCAUCAUCGAGGACCUGCUCCCUGCCUCCUACUUCAGCACCACCCUGCUGGGCGUGCAGACGGACCAGCGGGUCCUGCGCCACCUCAUCGUCCAGUACCUGCCUCGCUUGGACAAGCUGCUCCAGGAGCAUGACAUUGAGCUGUCCCUCAUCACGCUGCACUGGUUCCUCACGGCCUUCGCCAGCGUGGUGCACAUCAGGCUGCUGCUGCGCCUCUGGGACCUGUUCUUCUACGAGGGCUCCCUGGUGCUGUUCCAGACCACGCUGGGCAUGCUGCGCCUGAAGGAGGAGGAGCUGAUCCAGUCGGAGAACUCGGCUUCCAUCUUCAACACGCUGUCGGACAUACCGUCGCAGAUGGAGGACGCAGACCUGCUGCUGGGGGAGGCCAUGCGGCUGGCGGGCUCCCUCACUGACGUGGCUAUGGAGACCCAGCGCCGCAAGCACCUGGCCUACCUCCUGGCCGACCAGGGCCAGCUCCUGGGCACCGGCACCACCGCCAACCUCUCUCAGGUCGUCCGCCGCAGGACUCAGCGGAGGAGGUCUGGCAUCACAUCGCUGCUCUUUGGGGACGAUGACUUGGAGGCGCUCAAAGCCAAGAACAUCAAGCAGACGGAGCUGGUGGCCGACCUGCGGGAAGCCAUCCUACGCGUGGCGCGCCACUUCCAGUGCACGGACCCCAAGAACUGCGGUGUGGAGCUGACCCCGGACUACAGCAUGGAGAGCCACCAGCGGGACCACGAGAACUACGUGGCGUGCUCACGCGGCCACCCGCGCCGGGCCAAGGCCCUGCUGGACUUCGAGCGCCACGACGACGACGAGCUGGGCUUCCGCAAGAACGACAUCAUCACGAUCGUCUCCCAGAAGGACGAGCACUGCUGGGUGGGGGAACUGAACGGCCUGAGAGGCUGGUUUCCAGCCAAGUUUGUGGAAGUCCUGGAUGAGCGGAGCAAGGAGUACUCCAUCGCGGGGGACGAUGCUGUGACGGAGGGGGUCACGGACCUCGUGCGAGGGACCCUCUGCCCAGCCCUUAAGGCCCUGUUUGAGCACGGACUGAAGAAGCCUUCCCUGCUUGGGGGUGCCUGCCACCCUUGGCUAUUUAUCGAGGAGGCAGCCGGCCGGGAGGUUGAGAGAGACUUCGACUCGGUGUAUUCGCGCCUAGUGCUGUGUAGGACGUACAGGUUGGAUGAAGAUGGCAAAGUCCUGACCCCAGAGGAGCUGCUCUACCGGGCUGUGCAGUCCGUUAACGUGACCCAUGACGCCGCACACGCACAAAUGGACGUCAAGCUCCGCUCCCUCAUCUGUGUGGGGCUCAACGAGCAGGUCCUGCACCUGUGGCUGGAGGUGCUCUGCUCCAGCCUGCCAACGGUGGAGAAGUGGUACCAGCCCUGGUCCUUCUUGCGCAGCCCCGGCUGGGUCCAGAUCAAGUGCGAGCUGCGCGUCCUCUGCUGUUUCGCCUUUAGCCUCUCUCAGGACUGGGAACUUCCUGCAAAAAGAGAGGAGGGCUGUCCCUGUGCAGGAGGAGAAGAAGCCCCUGAAGGAGGGCGUCCAGGACAUGUUGGUGAAGCACCACCUUUUCAGCUGGGACAUAGACGGGUGACGCGCCUCCUCCAGGAACGCCGUCACACCCAGGCCUCCCCGGACCCCUCAGCUAUCAGGCCCCUUCCUUAAGAAGAGGACAGCCCACCCUGGCCAGCCCUAAGCUUCAAGGUCGAAGGGAGGACACACUUGGGAGCUCUGAGUGGGCACUGUGGUAUGGAGUCCGGGGACACCACCCUGGGCGCCCAGAGAGGUGGUGGUGGGUGGCAGGAGCAGAAGGUGGGGCCCGGCUCAGCCUGUGCCUCUCAGUGCCUGGGGGAGGGCUCUGCCCUGCCAGGGUCUUUACAGAGGCCCCGGGCCCCAGCUCCACUGUGCCGACCAGAAACCUUGUGGGGAGGUGCAGAGCCACCUCCGUUCCGUCAAGUUUUGCUCAGGAAGAGGGUGGCGGUGGCUGAAGGCUCCUUGGCCUCUUUGAUUUAUAAAUAAACUGUCUUUGAGAAAGCAGCUCCCCCACCUUCUGUCCAGCCAGGGCUGCAGCGCUGCGUGUCCAGAGUUCUGCUCUUUCUGGAAUGGUCCAGAACACACAGCCAGGGCUGGGAGGUGGGGGUCAGGGUCACAGCAUGGCACCCAGAUGCUAGGACACCUAGGACCCAGCCAUACCACCCACCUCUCCCAUGGAUUGAACGAGAUGGGACUAAGUGGUGUUUUUGUUUUUA